UAACCUAAGUACCUAACUAGUUUCCCUCUUCCAUGGCUGCCUGCCUCCACCAAACCCCAUAUCCCAAAAUCUAAUACCCAAACCAAAACACAUUUUUCUUUAAUUUAAUGUCAAUAAAUUAAUAAUCAAAUUAAAAUAACAAUGCUUUUCUCACAACUCUCCAACCCACCUCCACUACAGCUUCAUUCCUCUUUCCUUGUUUUUCAUCGCCGCUUGGCGGACUUCUCCACGUUCUUUCUUUCCCUAUUUAUUUCCCUCACUUUCUCUCCUUCCAAACACUCUCCUUUCCUUAAUCUAACAUGGCCUUAACUACCCAAACUUGUUUCCUUCAAAAUCCAUUCCUUCCUUCGCCUUCUCUUUCCCAGCCUUCUGCAUUUCCUGCUCCGGCGGCUCUCCCUUCUCGAAAACUCAGCCCCAUUUCUGUCCAGUGCUCCCUGGCUUCCGCCCCCUCUGUGGCGGUGACGGUGUCCAAGGAGUGCAAGGUGAAAUCGGUCAAGGCUAGGCAGAUCAUUGACAGCAGGGGUAAUCCCACGGUCGAGGUUGAUUUGAUCACCGAUGAUCUUUAUCGAUCAGCCGUUCCUAGUGGCGCAUCUACUGGGAUCUAUGAGGCGCUUGAGCUCAGAGAUGGUGACAAGAGUGUCUAUGGCGGCAAAGGUGUGCUCUUUGCUGUCCAAAACAUCAAUGAAAUUUUGGGUCCUAAGCUUAUUGGCAUUGAUGUCAGAAAUCAAGCGGAUGUAGAUGCUGUAAUGCUGGAAAUCGAUGGUACUCCAAACAAGUCAAAGCUUGGAGCUAAUGCAAUAUUGGGAGUGUCAUUGAGUGUAUGCAGAGCCGGCGCAGGGGCGAAAGGGAUGCCAUUGUAUAAGCAUAUCCAGGAGUUGUCAAGAACAAAGGAACUCGUUAUGCCAGUUCCAGCUUUUAAUGUCAUCAAUGGAGGAAGUCAUGCAGGAAAUAAUUUGGCUAUGCAAGAAUUCAUGAUACUACCGGUCGGUGCAACCUCGUUUGCUGAGGCACUUCGAAUGGGGAGUGAAGUUUAUCACACACUUAAGGGUAUUAUCAAAGCAAAAUACGGACAGGAUGCUUGCAAUGUUGGAGAUGAAGGUGGAUUUGCUCCCAACGUUCAGGACAAUAGAGAGGGAUUGGUUUUGCUAAUGGAUGCUAUUGAGAAGGCCGGUUACACUGGAAUGAUCAAAAUAGGAAUGGAUGUUGCAGCUUCGGAAUUCUACACAAAAGAUGGGAAAUAUGACCUAAACUUUAAGAAACAACCAAAUGAUGGAGCGCAUGUGCGUUCACCUCAGAGCUUGGGUGAACUCUACCAAGAGUUUGUCAAAGAUUUCCCUAUUGUGUCAAUUGAAGAUCCAUUUGACCAAGAUGACUGGAGCUCAUGGGCUUCGCUUCAGUCUUCCGUCGAUAUCCAACUCGUUGGAGAUGAUUUGUUAGUCACAAAUCCAAAGAGGAUAUCGGAAGCUAUUCAAAAGAAGGCUUGCAAUGCCUUGCUUCUUAAGGUUAACCAGAUUGGAACAGUUACCGAAUCUAUUCAAGCAGCACUUGACUCAAAAGCUGCAGGAUGGGGAGUGAUGGUCAGCCACCGAAGUGGUGAAACAGAGGAUAACUUCAUCGCUGACCUUUCUGUUGGUUUAGCUAGUGGCCAGAUCAAGACUGGAGCUCCUUGUAGAAGUGAGAGGUUGGCCAAGUACAACCAGCUUCUUCGCAUUGAAGACGAACUCGGAAAUGUCUGCUAUGCUGGUGAAGCUUUCAGAUCUCCUUAGAGGGUUAACUUACAGGAACAAGUUUCUGCACCAAAUUAGUAUGGAGAAACGUUUUAACGAGCUCUAGUAAACUGAGGCCGACCUAUAGAAAUUUUCAGGAACCCUAAGAGCUUCUCAAGGGAAAAAAACAUAAUUUGAUCAACUAGGAAUAAUCAAGUUUUGGUAUAAGUUGUAUUUGGAGUGUUGAAUGAAGACUUUGAUUAGAUGUGAUUCUCUGUAAUUCUGCUGAACCUUAGUAAAGAGGUAUUCAAAAAUAAAUAUAUGUUUGGAUGUUGUGUUUUUCAAA